AUGGCAGAGGACUCGUCCGUACUACUGCCCGACUUCGAUGAGAACAUUCAAAACUCUAUCUUCACCUCUAAACUUGCGCCCGGUGCUGAUAUUGGUGUCGGGCUUGUUAUCCUGUCGAUUGCAGCGUGGCUGGAUGGUGCAAAUAUCGGUCUGGUGUGCUUUGGAUCCUGGGUCAUCGCUACACUGUGGUCCUGCUUACCUAUGUUCGGCUGGGGAGAGUGCAGCCCUGAGCCGUAUGGUCUGUCCUGCACUGUGGCGUGGAGGGGCUACUACACUUUCACCAAGGAUGCCUUGUACGUCAUCUGCUCCUUCGCUUUCUUCACUCUGGUCCCUGUCCUACUUAUUGUGGUAUCUCAGUGUCAGAUCCUCCUGAAGGUCUGCCGCUUCUCCUACUCCCUGUCCACCCGAGGAAUCCGCAUCAACCUGCGCCAUGCCGAGAAGCGCCUCUCCAUGAUGUUUUUCUGCAUCAGCCUGGGAUUUGUGAUCGCCUGGGCCCCCAAUGCCGUAGUGUCCUUUCUCUUUAUCUUCAACAAGGAGCAGGCUCCUGUGGGCUUUGUGCUGCCUGCUCUUUUUGCAAAAAGCUACCACGUGUACAACCCCUUCAUUUACUUCUUCUUCAACAAAUCUUUCAAGCAGGAGCUACGCAGCCUCCUGUGCUCCAUCUUCCCCUGGCUGUGUGGGAACUGUGUUACGGUCUGUGUGUCCUCUGGCCCCCUGGCCCCCCACCCCAUCCAGAUUCAGCUGCAGGACCAGCACCAGCCCCUGUCUCUGAAAGGCAGCUUGGGCUUCUCUCAGGACCCCAGCAACAGCAAGCAGAAGAAUGGCAGCAACAGUGGCAUCAGGCUCCACGGCAGGGUGGUCUAUCCAUGCUGGAUGGGCAAGAUCAGAGACACACCCUCCACACUUGAGCACAGGCCUGUUAAAGAGUUCCUGCCCAUCCCAACCUGA